AUCUUGGAUCGGCGGGACAAGAAAAUUCAUGCGAACAAGGUUUGCAAGAUCUUGUCUUUGUUUCGUGAGUACUGGUAUAACAGCAUCACUGCUCACCCAGAGAAUUCCUGAUGGUAUGUUGUAAGCUUCCAGACUUCAAGGUGACAAACAGCAUGUUUGGUGCUUCAAGAAAGAAGUUUGUAGAGGGGGUCGAUGGUGAUUACCACGAUGAAAACAUGUACUACAGCCAGUCUUCGAUGUUCCCACAUCGGUCAGAAAAAGAUAUGCUGGCAUCGCCAUCAACAUCAGGUCAGCUGUCUCAAUUUGGGGCAAGUUUAUACGGGCAACAAAGUGCACUAGGCCUUCCAAUGAGGGGAAUGAGCAACAAUACCCCUCAGUUAAAUCGCAGCUUAUCACAAGGCACUCAGUUACCGAGCCACGUAACACCAACAACAGGGGUACCAACAAUGUCACUUCAUACGCCUCCAUCUCCAAGCAGGGGUAUAUUGCCUAUGAAUCCUAGGAAUAUGAUGAACCACUCCCAGGUUGGUCAGGGCAUUGGAAUUCCCAGCAGAACAAACAGCAUGAGCAGUUCAGGGUUAGGCAGCCCCAACAGAAGCUCUCCUAGCAUAAUAUGUAUGCCAAAGCAACAACCCUCUCGACAACCUUUUACUGUGAACAGUAUGUCUGGAUUUGGAAUGAACAGGAAUCAGGCAUUUGGAAUGAGUAACUCCUUAUCAAGUAACAUUUUUAAUGGAACAGAUGGAAGUGAAAAUGUGACAGGACUGGACCUUUCAGAUUUUCCAGCACUAGCAGACAGAAACAGAAGGGAAGGAAGUGGCAACCCAACUCCAUUAAUAAAUCCUUUAGCUGGAAGGGCUCCCUACGUGCACCAGAAGAGGAAGCAGCUGCUAGUGAGAAAGAUGGAAGCUGAUUGCCAAGAUCCCUUUGGAAUGGUAACAAAACCAGCAAGUGAGCAAUCCCAGGACUUCUCGAUACACAAUGAGGAUUUUCCAGCAUUACCAGGCUCCAGCUAUAAAGAUCCAACAUCAAGUAACGAUGACAGUAAAUCUAAUUUGAAUACAUCAGGCAAAACAUCAUCUAGUGCAGAUGGACCCAAAUUCCCUGGAGAUAAAAGUUCAACAACGCAAAACAACAACCAGCAGAAAAAAGGGAUCCAGGUGUUACCUGAUGGUCGGGUUACCAACAUUCCUCAAGGGAUGGUGACGGACCAGUUUGGAAUGAUUGGAUUGUUAACAUUCAUCAGGGCAGCAGAGACCGACCCAGGAAUGGUACAUCUUGCAUUAGGAAGUGAUUUAACAACACUAGGUCUCAAUCUCAACUCUCCUGAAAAUCUCUACCCCAAAUUUGCAUCACCUUGGGCAUCUUCACCUUGUCGACCUCAAGACAUAGACUUCCAUGUUCCAUCUGAAUACUUAACGAACAUUCACAUUAGAGAUAAGCUGGCUGCAAUAAAACUUGGCCGCUAUGGAGAAGAUCUUCUGUUUUAUCUCUAUUAUAUGAAUGGAGGAGAUGUAUUACAGCUAUUAGCAGCAGUAGAACUCUUUAAUCGAGAUUGGAGAUACCACAAAGAGGAGCGAGUAUGGAUCACCAGGGCACCAGGCAUGGAGCCAACGAUGAAAACCAAUACAUAUGAGAGGGGAACAUAUUACUUCUUUGACUGUCUUAACUGGAGGAAAGUAGCUAAGGAGUUCCAUCUGGAAUAUGACAAACUAGAAGAAAGGCCUCAUCUGCCAUCAACUUUCAACUACAACCCUGCUCAGCAAGCCUUCUAAAGACUUCCCUUUUCUUGGGGUAUGGCUGUCUCAGCACAAUACUCAACAUAACUGCAGAACUGAUGUGGCUCAGGCAUCCUGGUUUUAAUUCCUUGAGGAUCUGGCAAUUGGCUCAUGCAAAGGGUCACCAUUUGAGGUCCUGCCUUACUAAUUAUGUGCUGCCCAACAACUAAAUUUGUCAUUUGUUUUUCUUUAGUUUGAGCAGGGUCUGAAUUUGUUUCUGUUUAUUUUUAUUUUUUGCCAGCAGACAAGCUUGGGUCUGUAAAGACGAGCGAGUACACUGACAAAAAUUUACCACUUAGUUUCCAAAAUGUAAAAAAAAAAAAAGAGAAAAAAGGAAAAGACAAAAAAUUAGACAACAAAAUUUGCAUUGUUCAUUGUAGCACUAUUGGUAAUAAAAAAUGUUUGUGCAUUUUUAUGUGAAGAUCCUUCUCGUAUUUCAUUUGGAAAGAUGAGCAAGGUCUGCUUCCUUCAUUUUACUUCCCCUUCUGUUUUCGAAAGGCAGUUUUCACCAAGCUUAAUGCAAGAAUAUCUGACUGUUUAGAAGAAAGAUAUUGCCACAACCUCUGGUUAGUUGUCCGGAGUUGUGUAUUACUGAGCUUCAUCUUUCCAGAAUGAGCAAAACACUGUCCAGUCUUUGUUACGAUUUUGUAAUAAAUGUGUACAUUUUUUUUAAAUUUUUGGACAUCACAUGAAUAAAGGUAUGUAUGUACGAAUGUGUAUAUAUUAUAUAUAUGACAUCUAUUUUGGAAAAUGUUUGCCCUGCUGUACCUCAUUUUUAGGAGGUGUGCAUGGAUGCAAUAUAUGAAAACGGGACAUUCUGGAACUGCUGGUCAGGGGACUACUUUGUCGCCCUGUGCACUAAAGGGCCAGAUUUUCAGCAGCCAAGGACAUCCAUACCCAAGUGAAUGUGAUGGGACUUAAAGAAGUGAACUGAGACAAUUCACUCUGGCUGUUUGAACAGCAGCGUUUCAUAGGAAGAGAAAAAAAAGAUCAAUCUUGUAUUUUCUGACCACAUAAAGGCUUCUUCUCUUUGUAAUAAAGUAGAAAAGCUCUCCUCACUGCAGUGUUGACUUUGAUUUGAGAUUGUGAAAUUAUUUCUUCAACAAUGAAAAUGAAAAAUACCUGUUGAAGUAUUAAAUAUCAAGCUGUACAGUGGUUAAGACACUUACAUUGAAGAGUCUUUUUGCUGCUGACAAGUAAUUUAAGAGAUUAUAUACCUGUCUACAGUAGGCCAAAUAUUUUGGUCCAUCUUGUUUUCAUAUUAAACAAACUAAUACGAAAUAGAAAAUUAUUUUUUACAAAUGGGUUGGGUAAUAUUUUGAAAUAGAACGAUGCUCUAAAACUUUCUCUUUGCAAUUUAAUACCAGUCACAGCUUACCUUCAAGCUGAUAUUUUAUCACUUCAAACAGCGAUACAUUUCCUUUUGAUUCAUAUUAUUACAACUUGAGCUUCUGACCUCAAAGAAACAUUGAAUACACCACUUCAGGCAAGCACGGUAACUGAUCUCUGACUAACGAAGGAAAAAAACAACCAUCUGGAUAGUGUCCCUUAUUUUGACGUGACUGCUAUAUUUCCCAUUCAACUACUUGUGAACUAUUUUCCAUCUUAUGAUGCAAACUGUUUAAAAUACCUGAAGUUACCAAAGCAAGAAAAGACAGCAAAAUAAUGUCAGUGAAUCUUGAUUAUUUUUUUUUUUAAUUUUAUUUUAGUUUUUAACCUAUUUUUCUAUGUAGUGCAAAACAGUUUGUUGGCAUUUAUCAAAUAAUGUUUGGAAAUUGACCAUAAUGACAUUGCUGUGUUUCUGUAUCAGGUGUAUAGCAACUUUAAAUUCUACAUUUUAUAUGUAUUUUGAGAUAAGAGAGACAUAAAAAUAUAAAA